CCACACGCCAAUUACAAUCCGGAAAAUAUUUAGAAAGCCGUAAAAAAAAUAUAUUCGCCCCAGAGAUCUGCCCCAGAGUCAAUUGCGGCAUGUUCAAAGCGUCGCAGGAGAUGCGUCUGAAUACCAAUUCAGCUGCCUCCGCCUCUCUGGGUCUGAGUGGGAGUGGUGGGCUCGAGGGGCCGAGUGCGGAGAAAGAUGGUAUUUUUGGGCGCUACCAGCGCACGCCCGACGCUGAUGCGUAUCCCACAGAGCCGCCGCGGGUCUACAUAGCCCCAGAACUGACCGACGCGAGCAGGGUGCAAUUGCUGCACUUUCCCAGCGGCGCUGUCCGCACCAACAGCUCCGUCAGCUUCGUCCUCAAGCGGAAUGGGGUCAAGGGAAACUUUGAUGUGCGGGUGGAGGGUCCUAGCGGCCAGCUGGAGACCGUGCAGCAGCAGCAGUUGGACCCGGAGCGCUUCCAAAUCGACAGUCAACUGUCCUCCGGCGCAGGACUCUACAAAGUGCACGUCAAAUGCAACUCCGUGAAUCUGUCUCGGUCUCCCUUCAUCAUUGUGGCCAUAGCGGGGGCUCCCGAGAUCCCAGAAAUGAAAUCCAGCAGUGCAGAAGAGCCCACCGUUCAGUCGGAUGCCAGCAAGGUGCUGAGCCGCGGACUGGGACUCUCUCAUGUGAGCUACCUAGAACGGAAUGAGUUCACCGUGGACUGCAGCCAGGCCGGCAGCAACAUGCUCUUUGUGGGCAUCCUGGGACCACGGGGUCCCUGCGAUGAGGUGCUAGUAAAGCAUCUAGGCCGCAACAUUCAUCGCGUCACGUACCGAGUGUCGGAUCCAGGGGAUUACAUUCUAGUGGCCAAGUGGGGGGAGCAGCACAUACCAGGCUCUCCCUUCAGCCUGGCCACCGAAUAGGAAUCGUGGGAGUAUAUAUGUACAUAUAUCUAUGUAUGUAGGAGGAGUAGAAUAAAUGUGAA